AUGGCGACGCUCUUCCUCGCCCUGGAGUGCGUGCAGUGCUCCACCAUGCAGGUGAAGCAGCAGAAGAAGAGCAGCAACAAGUGGGUGUGCGUGGUCUGCAACCAGCGCCAGUCCGUGCUCCGCGUGCACGCCCGCGGCUACCGCGCCGCCGACCUCCGCCGCUUCGUCCAGGAGGCCAACCUCGCGCGCGGCCGCGGCGCGCCCGUGCCGGUGCCCGACGCGGACUGGGAUCAGCAAGAGGAGCCUCCGAGGGAGAAGAGGAGGAUGGACUGGUCCGAGUACCUGGACGACACCAGGGAGCAUCAUGGCGGCCUCGAUGUUGCCGGUUCUCAAGAUUAUGGAAUUGAAGUGACAACUGAGUUACCUCAAGAAAGACCUAAAGUUCCUUCCUUGAAGAGGCCUCCCAAAGCCCAAUUAGGUGCAGCUGGAAAAAGGCCCAAGCCUCCAAUUAACCCCUCUUUAUCCAAGAUGCAGCAAAUGGAACAAGGAUCAGCUCGCUCAACUCUCAGCUCUGCAACUUCUACUGCUGAAGAUCAAAAUUCAGCAAGUAUUUGGACGAUAGCUUCUUUGAAGAUAUAA